UUAAGGCCUUAUCCCUUUGCUAUUUCCAAAGAACAUAUAUAAAUUUCAUAGAGAAUCGAAUCGAAUCCAGCAUGAAUUUUGGGGCUCUACUCUACUAUGCCAAGAGGAAGUCGGACGAGGCCAAGGAACAGCAGCAGCAGGAUGGCAAGUUCUAUAGCACAAAAUUCUCGCCGCCCAAGAAGGUGAAGAAGGAGAACAAGCCGCUGUCGAAUAAUAUACAGAAAUUUCUAAAUAAAAAGGAGGCCGAGGAGGCGAAAAAGCCACACAAGAAGAACCCAAAAAUGACCGAGAGCCAGGACAAACAGAAGACCAUAAAUUCCAGGGGCAUCAUCACCACUACCACCACCACCACCGGUCCGGGGCACAACCCUGGCGAGGGUCAGGGCGAUGACUAUGGCUUCACAUCCACCGAGGCGAAUGUCCUGUACGAGAAGUACCUGGAGAAGGUGGAACAUGUACAGGAAAACAAGGAUUUUGCGCCCAGCAGACCGCAGCCAUUGGUCGACAUUUCUGGAACCAUAAACCGCGUCAAGGCGGCCAUCGAUCGUGAUCUUCAGGAGGCUGAAAUCCAGAAACGUCCCAAGGGCCGUCCAGGCACAACCAAGGCAGCGACCAUCAGGAUUGAUGCGAAGAUCCAGCAUAAUUCCGAGACUGAAAAAGGGGAAAAGGAAAAAGAAAAGAGGCUAAGCCGAGAUAAGCGGAAGCGAGGCGAGAAGGAGAAGGAUCCAGGAAGACUGAUCUCGAAGGAGCUGUGGCGUCACCAGGAGAAGCAUUUAAAGAGGGACAAGAAGCACGAGCCGAAACUAAGUCAAGGAACUGAUACCGUCAAGCGGCCUACCUUCAUCUCAAAAUCAAGCUCUUCUCACAGUUCCGAUUCUUUCUCUUCCAACAAUCAAGAUCCAAAGCUCUCCAUCAGUAGCAAUGAUAUCAAAGCAGUCGAUUCCAUGGGAUCCCCGAAUGGAGAGGAGAAACAGAAGGAGAAGCCCAACUUCAGUGGCAGUAGCUCCAAUGAAUCAAUGGAAAUAUAAAUAUAAAACU